CGGCGCGCCGGCCGGGGAACCCGAGAGCGCACGGCGCUGCAAGCUGGCAGGCACCGCGGGACCCCCCACCCUCGCCGGCUGCCCUUCCCCGGGCGCCCCCACCCUCCUCGCCCGCAGGAGACCCUGGGCUUCCCCGGAGGAGCUCACCCCCACGGGCCAGGACUCCGGCGAGCCCGCCACCGUCCCUUCCAGCGCCGCCGCCACCACCGCAGCCGCGGGAGCAGCAUGGUCCAGCUGGGGAAGCUGCUCCGCGCCCUGACUUUGAUGAAGUUCCCCUGCUGCGUGCUGGAGGUGCUCCUGUGCGCGCUGGCGGCGGCGGCGCGCGGCCAGGAGAUGUACGCCCCGCACUCCAUUCGGAUCGAGGGGGACGUCACCCUCGGGGGGCUGUUCCCGGUGCACGCGAAGGGUCCCAGCGGAGUGCCCUGCGGCGACAUCAAGAGGGAGAACGGGAUCCACAGGCUGGAAGCGAUGCUCUACGCCCUGGACCAGAUCAACAGCGAUCCGAACCUGCUGCCCAACGUGACGCUGGGAGCGCGGAUCCUGGACACUUGUUCCAGGGACACUUAUGCGCUCGAACAGUCGCUCACGUUCGUCCAGGCGCUCAUCCAGAAGGACACCUCCGAAGUGCGCUGCACCAACGGCGAGCCUCCGGUUUUCAUCAAGCCGGAGAAAGUAGUUGGAGUGAUUGGGGCUUCGGGGAGUUCGGUCUCCAUCAUGGUAGCCAACAUCCUGAGGCUUUUCCAGAUCCCCCAGAUUAGUUAUGCAUCAACGGCACCCGAGUUAAGUGAUGACCGUCGCUAUGACUUCUUCUCUCGUGUGGUCCCGCCCGAUUCCUUCCAAGCCCAGGCCAUGGUAGACAUCGUAAAGGCCCUGGGUUGGAAUUAUGUGUCUACUCUUGCAUCGGAAGGAAGUUAUGGAGAGAAAGGUGUGGAAUCCUUCACGCAGAUUUCCAAAGAGGCAGGUGGGCUCUGCAUUGCCCAGUCCGUGAGAAUCCCCCAAGAACGCAAAGACAGGACCAUUGACUUCGAUAGAAUUAUCAAGCAGCUCCUAGACACACCCAACUCCAGGGCUGUUGUGAUUUUUGCCAACGAUGAGGAUAUCAAGCAGAUCCUUGCAGCAGCCAAAAGAGCUGACCAAGUAGGCCAUUUCCUUUGGGUGGGAUCAGACAGCUGGGGAUCCAAAAUAAACCCACUGCACCAGCAUGAAGAUAUUGCAGAAGGAGCCAUCACCAUUCAGCCCAAGCGAGCAACUGUGGAAGGGUUUGAUGCCUAUUUUACGUCCCGCACACUUGAAAACAACAGAAGAAAUGUAUGGUUUGCUGAAUACUGGGAGGAAAACUUCAACUGCAAGUUGACAAUUAGUGGGUCAAAGAAAGAAGACACAGAUCGCAAAUGCACAGGACAGGAGAGAAUUGGAAAAGAUUCCAGCUAUGAGCAGGAGGGUAAAGUUCAGUUCGUGAUUGACGCAGUGUACGCUAUGGCUCACGCCCUUCAUCACAUGAACAAGGACCUCUGUGCUGACUACCGGGGUGUCUGUCCAGAGAUGGAGCAAGCCGGGGGCAAGAAGUUGUUGAAGUAUAUCCGCAAUGUGAAUUUCAAUGGCAGCGCAGGCACCCCAGUGAUGUUUAACAAGAAUGGGGAUGCCCCUGGGCGUUACGACAUCUUCCAGUACCAGACCACAAACACCACCAACCCUGGUUACCGCCUCAUCGGACAGUGGACAGAUGAACUGCAGCUCAAUAUAGAGGACAUGCAGUGGGGUCGAGGACUCCGGGAGAUCCCUCCGUCAGUGUGUACCCUGCCAUGCAAGCCUGGGCAAAGAAAGAAGACACAGAAGGGCACUCCUUGCUGCUGGACCUGCGAGCCUUGUGACGGCUACCAGUACCAGUUUGAUGAGAUGACAUGCCAGCAUUGCCCCUACGACCAGCGACCCAAUGAGAACCGAACCGGCUGCCAGGAUAUCCCCAUCAUCAAACUGGAGUGGCACUCGCCCUGGGCCGUCAUCCCUGUCUUCCUCGCCAUGUUGGGGAUCGUCGCCACUAUAUUUGUCAUGGCCACUUUCAUCCGCUACAAUGACACUCCCAUCGUCCGGGCAUCUGGGCGGGAACUGAGCUAUGUUCUGUUGACGGGCAUCUUUCUUUGCUACAUCAUCACUUUCCUGAUGAUAGCCAAACCUGACGUGGCGGUGUGUUCUUUCCGGAGAGUUUUCUUGGGCUUGGGUAUGUGCAUCAGUUACGCGGCCCUGUUGACAAAAACCAAUCGGAUCUAUCGCAUAUUUGAACAGGGCAAGAAAUCGGUGACAGCUCCCAGACUCAUAAGCCCAACGUCCCAGCUGGCGAUCACUUCUAGUUUAAUAUCAGUGCAGCUUCUCGGUGUUUUCAUUUGGUUUGGUGUUGACCCACCCAAUAUCAUCAUAGACUAUGAUGAACAUAAGACAAUGAACCCUGAGCAGGCCCGGGGAGUUCUCAAAUGUGACAUUACGGAUCUCCAGAUUAUCUGCUCCUUGGGAUAUAGCAUUCUUCUCAUGGUCACAUGUACUGUGUAUGCCAUCAAGACUCGGGGUGUCCCAGAGAAUUUUAAUGAAGCCAAGCCCAUUGGAUUCACCAUGUACACAACAUGUAUAGUCUGGCUUGCCUUCAUUCCCAUUUUUUUUGGCACCGCUCAGUCGGCGGAAAAGCUCUACAUACAAACUACCACGCUUACAAUCUCCAUGAACCUAAGUGCGUCAGUGGCGCUGGGGAUGCUAUACAUGCCGAAAGUUUACAUCAUCAUUUUCCACCCUGAACUCAAUGUCCAGAAACGCAAGCGAAGCUUCAAGGCCGUAGUCACAGCAGCCACCAUGUCAUCGCGGCUGUCACACAAGCCCAGUGACAGACCCAACGGUGAGGCCAAGACAGAACUCUGUGAAAACGUAGACCCAAACAGCCCUGCUGCAAAAAAGAAGUAUGUCAGUUAUAAUAACCUGGUUAUCUAACCUUUUCCAUUCCAUGGAACCCUGGAGGAGGAAGACCCUCAGUUCUUUUGUCACCCAACCUGGCACAGGACCCUUUUGGUUCUUCCUGCAGCCAUCACCGGAGGAGCAUCCCCGGCUGGGAGACCAAUGAUAGAGGAUCCAAGUGUCCUACACAGCUGCUUUACGAAAUAUUCUUAUUUUAUCUUGGCUUAAUAAGUCACUGGCGUCAGCACUGCCACCUUGGCUGCCAUUUUGGACCUUCCCUACCAAAGGGAGCGUUGAGACUCAAGUCCCACCCGGGCUCUUUGGGGUGAACCUUUGAGAGCCUUAGUGACUGUUUUGGGGCUGCCCUGUCUUUCUAUGUCUGUACUUCCAGGCUGCAAGGUUUUGAAAAUUUUCUGUACAGUUUGUGAGGACUUUUGCACUUCGCCAUCCAAUGUUGUACCUCAGUUCCCUGUUUGUUUUCGAACGCCCUCUUUCCAGAGAACCCUAUCCUCUCAGAUGGCGGGAUAUUUGGGAAAACCUUAAAACAAUUAAAAUUUUAAAAGGAUCUCGGCAGACUAAAAUGAAACAUGUAGGUCCAUGACUGUAUAAUUAUGAUUAUAGUACCGCUGCAAAUCACGUUAUUUUUUUUUUUAAGACAAAAAAGAUAACUUAAAGACCAAAAACUGUGCUGGGAAAGUAUAUACCCCACCUAUCUUUGGUAUAAGGUAGGGCACAAGGAAGAAAGGUAUUGGCUGAACGGAAUAGAGGUCUUGAUCUUUGGAAUGCAUGCUGGUAAUGUAUUUUACAGUACACGUUAAUCAUUUAUGUUCAAUAUUUGUAUUUGUGUUCUCUUUUGUUAUUUUAAUUAGGAUAUGGGUGUUUUGCAAUAAUUUUAAUAAUGAUUAAGCUAUUUGAAGGAAAGAAUAUGGAUUUUUCAUGUCUUGAGGUUUGGUUCAUGCCCCCCUAUGACUGACCAGUGUGAUAAGGACUUUAAAAACAACAAAAAGCAUGUGUGUUUUCUACUGUUUGUAAUAAGUACUUUCGUUAAUUCUGCUGCUCAUGUGCCAAUUUAGUGGGAAAAAUCACCCUUGCUGAACAAUACCCCUUUCCAUUUUCUUUCAACUCUGUGAUAUUGUCCAAGAAUGUAUCAAUAAAAUACUUUGGUUAACUUUUUCAUUUCCCGCAAUAAAUAUUUUUAGCUGUUUAUCCCU